UUUCAGAUCUCAGACACAAUGGUUGCCCAGAAUCCAACUUCGAUCAGUUCUGGAGGACGCAAGCAACCUCAGAAGCAAGACAAAGUCCAAAAAAAGCAGCUGAAGAAAAUUUAUGUUGUCAAGAUUAAGCGUAUUCCGUUUGGAUUCUUCGAGAAGGAGUUGCUCGGGUAUUUCCGUCAGUUCGGAAAUGUGUUGAGAAUUCGUGUGGCCAGAAACAGACGCACUGGUAAUCAUAAGGGAUGGGCGUACGUUGGAUUCGACAACAAGGCUGUUGCUGAAAUCGCUGCCGAAUCAAUGAACGGUUACUUGAUGUUCGAGCAACGUCUCGGGUGCACGGUGAUGAAACCAGAACUUAUCCCGAAGGCAAUGCGCCAUGGCCCACUGCUUGUGAUGCGUCCAUCUUACUUGGGCAUCGCUAAAAAAGAUACAAUUGCCAGAAACAAUACCACCGGAAAAAAUGACGUCAUCAAUGCCAAGAAACGCGUGCAAAAUCUCAACAAAACUUUGAAGAAGCUGCAGAAUAUGGGGAUCAACUAUGAUUUCUCUGUGUCUGGAACACCAAGAACGCCACUUAAGAAGGUCAUUGACAAUGAGGUUCAAUUUAUCAGUGAUGUCACCCCGAAAAGCACGACUCCGAAAAUUGUGAAAGCUGCAACUCCAAAAGCAGCUACUCCAAAGGCCGUGACUCCAAAACAAGCAACUCCGAAAGUUUCCACUCCAGUCACCAAAAAGGUUGUCAUCAAGACUCCUAAAACUGAAAAGCCGGAACCCAAACAGUUCACUCCAAAAACUCGCGCAGGAAAGAAGGCAGCUGCUGCUGCUACUCCACAGGCUAAAUCUACGCUAUCCAACACAAUCCUCAAAUCCGUCGCUGCAAGUGCCCGUCCAGCUGCUGUCGAAAAGAAAACAUUGAGAUCUCGUGGAAAGAAGAAGAGCUUGUAAGCGUCCUGAUUUCUGUUGUUAAUCAUUUUAUUUUUUUUCCGCAAACUGUUGUUGUUCUUAUUUUUAUACACAUUCAUUGUUGAUUUUUAAUUGAAUUGAUUUUGUUUUUCAUGAAUACAAAUAAUCUAUUC